UAAAUUAGAAAUUGGUUUUAACAGCAAUGUGUCGAACCCUUUCAACAACGGGGAGAUGUUACUGAUGUGCUUUGUAUCUUCGAUGUAAAAACAAGUUUUGGAUUUCCACACAAAAUGACUUCUUUAGUUAUUUGAUGUUUAAGGAAGUGUGUAGGUCACAUUCUGUAUCAUACAGCUAUGAAAGUUAUAUAUUUAGAACCACCUGUUCAAUUGGAAUCCAGCGACGUCUGUGUCUUCAGUGUCCUAGAACUGUCUAGGUUUUUGUGUUCUGACUUGUAAAAUAGGAUGAAUGAAAUAAGUUUGUAAUAAGAUUGUUAAAACUGGCCUCAGGUUAUUGAGAGAUCUGAUUUAGGAUUUACCUUCGUAGCAAGGUUGUUUUAUCAUGUGGUUUCAUCUGGGUCUCUAUUUAAAAAUAACACUGUCUUUGGCAGGAGAAAGACCAGACUCAGAGGAACCAGAGCCAGGGACGUCCAAACCAGCAAGACGACACCAGUGCUUCCACUGUGGAAAGAGUUUUAACCAGAAAGCACACCUGAAAGCUCAUGAGAGAAUACACACAGGGGAGAAGCCUUACCACUGCUCCCAGUGUGGACAGUGUUUCAACCAAAAAGCACACCUGAAACAACACCAGAUAAUACACACAGGGGAGAAGCCUUACCACUGCUCCCAGUGUGGAAAGUGUUUCAAACGGCCUUUUCAUCUGAAACAGCAUGAGAGAAUACACACAGGAGAGAAGCCUUGCCACUGCUCCCAAUGUGGAAAGGGUUGUAACGGGUUAUGGGACCUGAAACAACAUGAGAUAAUACACACAGGGGAGAAGCCUUACCACUGCUCCCAAUGUGGAAAGGGAUGUAACGGGUUAUGGGGUCUGAAACAACAUGAGAUAAUACACACAGGGGAGAAGCCUUACCACUGCUCCCAGUGUGGAAAGUGUUUCAACAAGAGAGGACUCCUGAAACAGCACGAGAGAGAACACACGGGGGAGAAGCCUCACCACUGCUCCCAGUGUGGAAAGUGUUUCAACCAUUCAGGGGAGCUGAAACGACAUGAGAGAGUACACACAGGAGAGAAGCCUUACCACUGCUCCCAGUGUGGAAAGUGUUUCAACCAUUCAGGGGAGCUGAAACGACAUGAGAGAGUACACACAGGAGAGAAGCCCUACCACUGCUCCCUAUGUGGAAAGCGUUUCAACCAGUCGGGGGAGCUGAAACAGCACGAGAGAAUACACACAGGGGAGAAGCCAUACCAUUGCUCCCAGUGUGGAAGGAGUUUUACCGGUUUAGGGACCCUGAGACACCAUGAGAGAAUACACACAGGAGAGAAGCCUUACCACUGCUCCCAAUGUGGAAAGCGCUUCAACCAUUUGGGGGAGCUGAAACAGCAUGAGAGAAUACACACAGGGGAAAAGCCUUUCCACUGCUCCCAGUGUGGAAAGUGUUUCGGCCUUUCAGGGACACUGAAACGACAUGAGAGAAUACACACAGGAGAGAAGCCUUACUACUGCUCCCAAUGUGGACAGGGUUGUAGUGCGUUAUGGCACCUGAAACAACACGAGAGAACACACACGGGGGAGAAGCUUUACCACUGCUCCCAGUGUGGAAAGUGUUUCAGCCAAUCAGGGACGUUGAAACGACAUGAGAGAAUACACACAGGGCAGAAGCCUUACCACUCCUCCGUGAGAGGAGGAGCAGAGAAGAAAGGAGCAGAUUUGACACAUCAAAGAGAAAGACCAGACUCAGAGGAACCAGAGCCAGGGACGUCCAAACCAGCAAGACGACACCAGUGCUCCCACUGUGGAAAGGGUUGUAACCGGUUAUGGGACGUGAAACAACAUGAGAAAAUACACACAGGGGAGAAGACUUACCACUGCUCCCAGUGUGGAAAGAGUUUUAACCAGAAAGCACACCUGAAAGCUCAUGAGAGAAUACACACAGGGGAGAAGCCUUACCACUGCUCCCAGUGUGGAAAUAGUUUUAACGAUUUAGGGAAACUGAAACGACAUGAGAGAAUACACACAUGGAAGAAGCCUUAUCACUGCUCCCAGUGUGGAAAGAGUUUUAUUGGUUUAGGGAAACUGAAACGACAUGAGAGAAUACACACAGGGGAGAAGCCUUACCACUGCUCCCAGUGUGGAAAGGGUUUUAAUGAGAAAUCAAACCUGAAAGUUCACGAGAGAAUACACACAGGGGAGAAGCCUUGCCACUGCUCCCAGUGUGGAAAGAGUUUUAACAAUUUAGGGAACCUAAAACAACAUGAGAGAAUACACACAGGGGAGAGGCCUUACCACUGCUCCCAGUGUGGAAAGCGUUUCAACCGGCCAGGGCAUCUGAAACUGCACGAGAGAAUACACACAGGGGAGAAGCCUUAUCACUGCUCCCGGUGUGGAAAUAGUUUUAACGAUUUAGGGAAACUGAAACGACAUGAGAGAAUACACACAGGGAAGAAGCCUUAUCACUGCUCCCAGUGUGGAAAGAGUUUUAUCGGUUUAGGGAAACUGAAACGACAUGAGAGAAUACACACAGGGGAGAAGCCUUACCACUGCUCCCAGUGUGGAAAGGGUUUUAAUGAGAAAUCAAACCUGAAAGUUCACGAGAGAAUACACACAGGGGAGAAGCCUUACCACUGCUCCCAGUGUGGAAAGAGUUUUAACAAUUUAGGGACCCUGAAACAACAUGAGAGAAUACACACAGGGGAGAAGCCUUAUCACUGCUCCCAGUGUGGAAAGAGUUUUAACAAUUUAGGGAACCUAAAACAUCAUGAGAAAAUACACACAGGUGAGAAGCCUUUCCACUCCUCCCAGGGUGCAAAGCUUUUGCCCAUUCAAGGUUGUUUUAUCAUGUGGUUUCAUUCGGGUCUCUAUUUAAAAAUAACACUGUCUUUGGCAGGAGAAAGGCCAGACUCGGAGGAACCAGAGCCAGGGACGUCCAAACUAGCAAGACGACACCACUGCUCCCACUGUGGAAAGUGUUUCAACCAGAGAGUAAACAUGAAACAACAUGAGAGAAUACACACGAGAGAGAAGCCUUACCACUGCUCCCAGUGUGGAAAGAGUUUUGUCCGUUCGGGGGAGCUGAAAAUACAUGAGAGAAUACACACAGGAGAGAAGCCUUACCACUGCUCCCAGUGUGGAAAGAGUUUCAGCCGGAAAGCAUGCCUGAACCAACACGAGAGAAUACACACAGGAGAGAAGCCUUACCACUGCUCCCAAUGUGGAAAGUGUUUCAAUAGGAGAGGACACCUGAAAAAACAUGAGAGAAUACACACAGGAGAGAAGCCUUACCACUGCUCCCAAUGUGGAAAGUGUUUCGUCCGUUCGGUGGAGCUGAAACAACACGAGAGAAUACACACGGGAGAGAAGCCUUACCACUGCUCCCAGUGUGGAAAGAGUUUCAGCCGAAAUGCAUUCCUGAACCAACACGAGAGAAUCCACACAGGAGAGAAGCCUUACCACUGCUCCCAGUGUGGAAAGCGUUUCGGCCGGAAAGCAUGCCUGAACCAACACGAGAGAUUACACACAGGAGAGAAGCCUUACCACUCCUCCCAGGGUGCAAAGCUUUUGCCCAUUUAGGAAGCCUGAAAGAACACAUUAGACUACACACAGAGGAGAAGGCUUAGAAAAGCUCAGACUGUGGGAAAACAUAUUACUCAUAAGUGAUUUAAACGUCAUUAGAGAAUCCACACAGGAGAGAG